AUGAACGAGUUGGAAGCGCUUCGGCAAGAAGCUGAAACGCUUAAAAACACCAUACGCGAUGCACGCAAGGCGGCAUGUGACACCAGCCUGGUUCAGGCCACGGCAAACAUGGAGCCGGUGGGACGGAUACAAAUGCGCACAAGAAGAACACUCCGUGGCCACCUGGCGAAAAUCUACGCGAUGCACUGGGGCAGUGACUCCCGCUACCUCGUGUCGGCAUCGCAAGACGGCAAGCUGAUCGUGUGGGAUGCAUACACAACUAACAAGGUGCAUGCGAUCCCGCUACGAUCGUCGUGGGUGAUGACUUGUGCCUACGCGCCGUCCGGCUCAUACGUGGCCUGCGGAGGCCUCGACAACAUCUGCUCGAUCUACAGUCUCAAAACCCGGGAAGGGAAUGUACGCGUUUCACGAGAGCUGCCCGGACACACGGGUUAUCUUUCCUGUUGCAGAUUCCUGGACGAUACGCAGAUCGUCACCUCAUCUGGAGACAUGACUUGCGCGUUGUGGGACAUUGAGACGGGCCAGCAGUGUACGUCGUUCAUGGGGCACACUGGCGAUGUCAUGUCGCUUUCGCUAGCACCUGACAUGCGUACCUUCGUUUCGGGAGCAUGCGACGCCUCGGCAAAACUGUGGGAUAUCCGCGACGGUCUGUGCAAACAAACGUUCCCCGGCCACGAAUCGGACAUCAACGCAGUGACAUUCUUCCCCAACGGUUACGCCUUCGCGACGGGCUCCGACGACGCUACAUGUCGACUUUUCGACCUCCGCGCUGAUCAGGAAUUGGCGCUCUACUCUCACGACAACAUCAUAUGCGGUAUCACAUCAGUGGCAUUCUCAAGAUCCGGAAGACUGCUGCUCGCCGGCUACGAUGACUUCAACUGCAAUGUGUGGGACUCGAUGAAAGCCGAGCGAGCUGGAGUGCUAGCUGGUCAUGAUAACCGUGUAUCUUGUCUCGGCGUAACAGAAGACGGAAUGGCCGUUGCCACCGGCUCAUGGGAUUCAUUCUUGAAGAUUUGGAAUUGAACUUGAUUCUCCGCUAACGUUCAACAAGCAUAUUAGUUCAACUAUUGGUGACAAGGGUACGGAGAAGAUUAUAGGUUCAGUUCUUUCGACGCAAGAGGAAUCGACGACGAGGGAAAUAUUUCAAAUGCGGGAUGUAAGGACACGAUGACACUUAUACCUGAAUUAAGAGGAUGAUAAUAUGAACAACACGUUUACACGGAUCCACGACCCAAACAAGCAUUCGAGUAUACUGGGAUAUGGUUCCCCAGUCACAAGCGAGUUUUUAUUUCCCUUCUCAAAAUUCUGACCACACCGAAUCUAGUCCAUGCGUUACCCUGAAACUCUGCGCAUACACAUCGAGCAGAGCGCAA